GAAGAGCAGAAUCACAGAGAGAGAGAGAUAUUUUAAGGACAGCCAAAGGACAUCUGCCGCCGUUAAAACAUGUACGCCGCCCUAAUGGACAUGAGCCAGUCUGUGGCCGCCAGUCUGGCAUAUGCCCCAAUGGAUCUGAGCGGUGUUGGUGCCGCCAAUGGGCAGAAUGGAAGUGGAAGUGGACCUGGAAGCGGGAGUGGGAGUGGGAGUGCCAGCAAUGAGAGCCUUGACUCUGAUGCUGGCUCGUUUUUGGGUCAGCAUAAUGCCAGCGGCAACGGGCCGUAUGUGCCCGUCUUGGAGCGCCCGGAGACAUACAUUGUCAGCGUGCUGUACACGCUCAUCUUCAUUGUGGGCGUGCUGGGCAACGGCACGCUGGUCAUCAUCUUCUUCAGGCACCGCUCCAUGCGCAACAUACCCAACACGUACAUCUUAUCCCUAGCUCUGGCCGAUCUACUGGUGAUUCUGGUGUGCGUGCCCGUUGCCACAAUUGUGUACACCCAGGAUAGCUGGCCCUUUGAGCGUAACAUGUGCCGCAUCACCGAGUUCUUCAAGGACAUCUCCAUCGGUGUGUCCGUCUUCACGCUGACCGCACUCUCCGGCGAGCGUUACUGUGCCAUUGUGAAUCCCCUGAGGAAGCUGCAGACCAAACCGCUGACCGUCUUCACGGCCGUGAUCAUCUGGAUCAUGGCCAUACUGCUGGGCAUGCCAUCGUUCCUGGUGUCCGACAUUGAGGUCUACCCGAUGCCAACGGCCGCCGGAAACGGCACCAUCAAAGUCUGCUCGCCCUUCCGCUCCAAGGUUUAUGCAAAAUAUAUGAUGGCAGCCAAGGCCUCCAUCUACUAUGUGGUGCCGCUGUGCAUCAUUGCGGUGCUGUACAUCAUGAUGGCCAAGCGGCUGCAUAUGAGCGCACGCGACAUGCCCGGCGAGCAGCUGAGCGUGCAGAGCCGGACACAGGCCCGUGCCCGACGGCAUGUGGCCCGCAUGGUGGUUGCCUUCGUGGUCGUGUUCUUCAUUUGCUUCUUUCCGUAUUACGUGUUCGAGCUGUGGUACCACUUUUAUCCCACUGCCGAGGAGGAUUUCGACAGCUUCUGGCACAUGGUUCGCAUCGUGGGAUUCUGCACGAGCUUCCUCAACUCGUGCGUCAAUCCCGUGGCACUCUACUGCGUGUCCGGCGUAUUUCGGCAGCACUUCAACCGCUAUCUCUGCUGCAUGUGCGUCAAGCGGCAGCCGCACCUCCGGCAGCACUCCACGGCCACUGGGAUGAUGGAAAACACCAGCGUGAUGUCAAUGCGUCGCUCUACGUAUGUGGGCGUGGGCAGCGGCAGCGGCAGCGGAGGAGGCAAUCUCCGAGCCUCGUUGCACAUGAACAAUAAUCAAGGUGGCGGAGGUGGAGGUGGAGGUGGAGCUAUGCGUGGUGGCAGCUUCCACCGGCAGGACUCGAUGCCAUUGCAGCACCGAAAUGGUGGAACAGCUGCCGCUGCUGGCAGUGGCCCAAGUACCGGAUCCGCCGGACGCUCCACCACCAUCAGUGAGAAGAGGUGAGGCACGCUGAUCGUGGAGCUGCUGGAGGAUGAGGAGGUGGAGGUGGUUGUCUCCAUGCACGCCGACGAGCAGCUCUAAGCGCACCAUUGAUCUCACUUUUGUGUAUGCACCACCCAACCAGUCAGACAGACAGACAGAGAGAGAACCUUCCCCCUGCACUUUUGCACCAGCCCUGGGCAAUCCUUGGAUUGUAUUGGGACACCCAUUACCCAAUUGGAAGCUUUGGGGCUGCUCAAUCGAUGGUACAACCGUUGGUACAAUUGCAAAUAAUUUGCAGUUUAUUAUAGCGC